CUCGUGGCGGUCGGACGUGCGUCGCGUCGUAUCCGAGUACAAUUUUUUUCUCACUGUGUGCUGUGUAUAGAGUAGUUAAAUUGACCAACAAGGUGUGUGUCUGGCCAUCGAAGAACAUCAAAUCCAGCAUCAGUAGCUUCCAGUAGCUGUUCGGUUCGGAAGUGCUACCGUGUGUGCUGCAGAAAAAAAAAAUAACUAUAGUAUCUGAAUUCUAGAAAAGGAUGCUGGUCGCAAUGUAAGCUGACCAUCAAUUACGUGAUAGGAAGCAGGACGUGUAGCAGUUGCGGCGCAGUGGACGUGUGCUGGCGUCAAUUGCUCUCGAUAUCUCUUUCCGUCGUCGUCGCUGUAGUCUUAGUAGCCGUCGCCGACGUGAGCGUCUUCGGUGUGUAGAUUAUUACCACAUAUUGAAUGUGGUGACUGUAAUUGAAGACGAUCAGUUUAACUCAGAACGGAAAAUGACAUGUAAAAAGUAGUAAGUAGACGGUGUCCGUUCGUAAAGAGUCGAAGAUUCCUGUCUGUGCUCAAGAAGGCGUGUGCGUUGUGGUUGGUGAUUAUUUUGUUGUGCAAAAGAAAGCAAAGGCUAAACCGUGAAAUGAGUCUUCGACGAUAGCAAGGUCGCCGAGUGUGUUCGUGCCGGAAGCAACGGCGAACGAACAAGGAGCAAGCGCCCGAAGGAAAACGAAAAGAAAACAGCUAACAUCAUGCAUUGAGGUUGUGCUACCUUCCAGCAUAAAUCAGUGUGUGUACGUGUGUCGAAAUCUUUGUGUUAUUAUGCUAAGAAAAAAUUGAAAUCAAGUCAAGAGGGCAACAAAUAGUGGUGUCUAGUCAUAUGUGAAAUGUGUUGGUGUAAAUAAAAAUAAAGAAAAAAAAAUGCUGUUCUGAUAUCGAAGUUACUAGUUUUCUCUCUCUCAUUCGAUAAGUUCGAUUUUCGUGAAUAAUGGUCUGAAAUUCCAAGUCGAAUGAAAGUUCUUGUUUUUUGUUCUGCAUUGCAAGCCGAAAUCGGUCAGUAAAACAGACAAGAGCUGCUCGAAGUCGAACAUGUUCCGCAAGGAAAUAUGGAAAUAACCCAAGUGUCGGUCGGUACUUGAGGAGUGUGUGUUUCUGUGCAAAAUCUGUGUAUGUAUUCAUUGUGAAACGAUCGGUUCAAAGAAAAUUACGAUAUAGGUGAAGUGCGCGAUUGCCGGUGUGACGAUGAUUGUAAAUAAAAAUAGCUGUCAAUGUAAGACGGUUAGCUCGAGCAGGCUGUACCAGGCGUGCCUCAGAGAGCGUUACAAACUGUGCCUGCCAGUCGGUCCACUGCAGAAUGCAGCAAUGCUGAUAUUAGGCAUUUUGCUAUUUUCCGCCGUCAUCGGCGGUGGUGAUGCUUCGCAGCCAACGACCGCGGCUGGCAUUGAAAAAUCGGGAAAUGCAGGUGUUGGUGUUACUACGGCUACCAGUAGCGGCACGGUUUAUAUCACUGGCAGCGGUGCUAGUGGUAGUGAGCAGUCGGCGGUUACUGCAGCUCCCGGUGAUAAUGGUGGUGGUAUUGGUACCAUUAAUUACGAGAAUCAAAACAAGAAUAAAGAGACAACGGAAGGAAUCGCAGUGGACUCAACGCUACCAGCAAUAACAAGAACAAGUUCAGUGACAUUCAACCCGACGUCAGCCGUGUAUGACUCCGAUUUUCUAGUGACCUGCCCCCGAUCCCAUUUCACGUGUGGAGAUGGCAAGUGUAUUCCCCAGCACUGGAAAUGUGAUACCUACUCGGACUGUACGGACGGCUCGGAUGAAAUCGACUGCGACAAAGCGCACAAAUGCAAGGACGAACAGUUCCAGUGCAAGCUGACCAACAAGUGUAUCCCUCGGGGCUGGACCUGCGACGGGGAUGCCGACUGCGGUGUGGUCGAAAAGUUCCGCACCAUCGACGUGUCCGACGAAGACGCCGAACUGUGCCGUAGCUCCAAACACUGUCUUCCAACGCAAACCGUGUGCAGCAAUGGCAAGUGUCUCGACAUAGAGAAAUUCUGCGACGGUGUGUGGGACUGCUCGAACGACGAGCUUCAGUGCCCGCGAAACGACACCUCCGAAUGUGAUGCACUCAAAUGUUCCUACGACUGUCGGCAAACUCCGAACGGGCCGAAAUGUUUCUGUACCAAGGGUAGCCAACCGAACGGUAGUCUGUGCGUAGAUUUCGACGAGUGUCAAAUCGAGGGAAUCUGUGAUCAAAUCUGUAAGAAUCUGCCAGGGACGUACAAGUGUACCUGCGCCACCGGUUAUGCGAGAAACGGCAACAAGUGCCUGGCAGUUAAUGCACCAAAAGAAGAGCCCGCAUCCCUACUCUUCGCCACCCCGACUGAAGUACGCAAAUUCGCUGUAAUGAAUGCAACUGCCAGUGAGCAUCCCAACUCGACCGCAAUCCUACUUCCGACCAGCAACGUGCUUGCUCUAGAAAUGUACCAUCGAAAUCGGACCUUCUGUCUCAUUCGACUGCAAACCGUCGCUCAGUUCGAGUGCUACAGCGUCGACAACACAACUCACGUGUGGCAAAUGCCACUGCCGGAUCUGUUUCCCAACAUCAACUCCAUCGAUCAUAUUAGCAUUGAUUGGAUUUCCGGAAACUGGUACUUCCUGGACGACCAAAGAGAAAUCAUUUUUGUCUGUUCCGGUCAGAUGCAACAUUGCUCAAUCAUCGCCGAAAACGAUCUGAUGAAACCCCGCGGAAUGGCUCUGGAUCCUACCAAAGGGUAUCUCUUUUUCACCAAAUGGGGUAACUCGCUGGCGAGUGUAGAACGGUCCUUUCUCGAUGGUGGCAACCGAACUUCUAUCGUCCUGCGGAAAAUCGUUUAUCCGCAUGGAGUGGCACUGGAUCUUGCCCUGCAGCACGUCUACUGGGUCGACACCUAUCUGGACUCGAUCGAGCGAACGGAUUACGACGGCAAUCAUCGGUGGUUCAUGAAGAAAUCUGCUAACUUCAUGAUCAACCUGCAAUCCUUGCACACGGUCAAUGUGUUCGAGUCCACAAUUUUUCUUGCCUCAUGGAAAAAUCGAUCCAUUAUUGCGAUCGACAAAUUCACGGCAGAGGCAAAGCUUGUAGCGGCGAACGUGUCCCGAGCGUUCCACCUGAAUGUGUUCCAUCGUCAGAAGCAACCGGAGGUGGCCCAUCCCUGUCGGAACCAGAACGGUGGCUGCGAUCAACUUUGCAUAACGGCAUGGAAGAAAACGGUUGCCAUCGGGCAGUGUAUGUGUGCACCGGGCUAUCGAUUGAAAACCAAAAAUCAGUGCGUCCUCAUCAAGCGACCCACUUUCCUGCUGUUCUCUCAAAGUAAUCCCGGUAUGAUUCGAGGCAUUCCGCUUGGCAUCAAAUCACAGGAGGCCAUCGUUCCGGUGACCGAUCUGGGACGAGAUGUUACAUUCGAUUACCACAUUGAAGAUCAGCUGAUUUAUUUCGCCCAUCACGACAAAGUGCAAUCAAAAUUUUCCAUCGAAAGUCAACGGUUAGACGGCACCGAUCGCGAGAAACUUUGGGAAGCGGAAGGAUCAUGUGAUGGUUUGGCCUACGACUGGGUGGGACACAAUUUGUUCUACACGAACGCGGAACGUAGUCGAAUAACGGUACUCAAAUUGGGUCCCAAAGUGUACGCCCGGAUCAUCCUGCGAGAUCUGGUACGACCGCAGUCGAUCGCACUGGAUCCGAAGAAAGGACUGAUGUAUUGGUCAUCGUGGAAUCCAUCCGGUGGAAAAAUCGAAAAAUCCUGGAUGGAUGGAAACUCACGAGACACACUGGUGGACGGACUGAAGGGUCCAAUGGUCUGGCCGAGCGCACUGGUGAUCGAUCAGCUGCAGAAGCGACUCUACUGGUGUGACCCUCGAACGGGGUUUAUUGAGAGUGUUUCGCUGGAUGGACACGAUCGGACUCCGCUGUACGAUGGGCGGGUACAGAAUCAUUUUCCGAUUGCGGUCGGAGUUCACAAACAGAAAAUUUACUUUUCCGAUAAUGUGAAAGGAAACAUCGAAAUGCUGAAUCUCAGUGACCCCGGAACGAUUGAAACCAUCGCGAUAGAAAAACCACAGAUUUUCGGAAUUAAAGUUUUUGAUAAUCUAACACAGUACAACAACAACCGGAAGAUGUUGUGCGACGAGUGCUCGUGGAUUUGCAUCAACACACCGGUGCUGCCGGAAUGUGUCUGCGAGGAAUCAUUUGUGCUGAACGAGAACAAGACCCAGUGUCUUCCGGCGGCAUCUAUCACAGCGACUCCCGUGAGAUGCCCCAACGGAACUAAUUUCCUGUGUAAAAACGGAGCUCAGUGCAUCGAUCAAAGGUUCACGUGUGACGGUGAUCGUGACUGUGACGAUGGUAGCGACGAGGAACAAACUCCGGAAGGACCCUGUAAUGCAAACUGCGAUUUGGAACACAAUUUCAAAUGUGAUGAUCAGAGAUGUAUCAACAGGUCUCUGGUGUGUGAUGGAACGGUGAACUGCAUUGACGAAACGGACGAAGACUACACGAACUGCCCGAACAUGACCUGCAUCGAUAACUUUUUCCAGUGUGACAUCAGCCGGAGAUGCAUACCGAAGAGUUGGGUUUGCGAUCGUCAUCCGGACUGUGGCCCAAACGAUCACUCGGAUGAGCCGGACCGUUGCUAUAAGUGUGAAGAGUUCGAGUGUCAGAACGGGGCCUGCGUUCCGUUCGAGAUGCUCUGUGAUGGAGUCAACAAUUGCGGAGACAACUCGGACGAAGCCCAGUGCGACGUGGAGUGCAAGCCGAGUGAGUUCUACUGCAGUCCGUACGGAUGCAUUGACCGGUCCCAGAUGUGCGAUCCCAAGCUGAACUGCUUGAACGCUUUCGGCGAUUGUGAUCAGCGGGUGAACGGAAGUAUAAACGGAAGUGCCACCAUUCCGACCGGGUUGAUCAAAACGGAAGCCGAGUUAAUAACCCAGUGUGAGAAAGACAUCGGGGUGGUUUGUGAAAUGGAUAAAGAUUGUAUGAAGGCACUGCAGAAACAGUGUCAGAACGCCAAACUUCCCACCUACAACGAAACAGUUGCUUGUUUGCAUCCGGAGCGAGUUUGUCGAGCAACGAACAGUUGCAUCAAAGUUGACCAGUUGUGCGACGGGCGAAUGGACUGUCCGGAUAAUAUGGACGAAGGUUUUCGGUGCAAGGACAUGCUGUGCGAUACCACACACGAGUGUUCUCAUAUAUGCCAUAACGCACCGGAAGGGUAUGUAUGUUCGUGUCCGGAACACCUGUAUUUGCAGCCGAAUGGAAAAAACUGCCUUGUUGAUCACGCUUGCGAACAUUGGGGCACGUGUUCCCAGAUGUGUGUUCCCAAUGGGAAACACUACAAGUGUAGCUGUAAAGAUGGCUACACCUUGACAUUUGAUAAGUUCACCUGUCGAAGCAACAACCCAGAUGCUCCGCACGUGAUCUUCAGUAAUCGCCAGGAGAUUCGAGGAGUAGAUUUGAACACACUGGCUGUGAAGAACUUCUACACGUCUCUGAGGAAUACAAUUGCACUGGAUUUUCUGUGGCGCAAUGAUUCAGUUCAAAUUUUUUGGACGGAUGUGAUCGAUGACAAAAUUUUUCGAGGAACACUCGCCGGUGAUUCGUUGAGCAACGUGGAAGCGGUUGUCCAGUCGGGAUUGUCGACGGCCGAAGGUUUAGCGGUCGAUUGGAUUGGUAUGAAUCUCUACUGGAUCGACAGUAAUCUAGAUCAGAUUGAGGUUGCCAAAACGAACGGUAGCUAUCGACGAACUCUGGUUGCCGGUGAUAUGGUAAAUCCCAGAGCCAUCGCUCUAGAUCCCAUGGAAGGGCUUCUGUUCUGGACCGAUUGGGAAGAAGGCGCACCGAGGUUGGAACGCUGCACGAUGGCAGGCGAGUCCAGAACUACGAUUAAAUAUGUUGGACUGGACGGUGGUUGGCCCAAUGGGAUCACUUUGGAUUAUGUGCUGAAACGAGUCUACUGGAUUGACGCCCGAUCAGAUUCGAUUCACACCAUAAACUACGAUGGCGAAGAUCAUCAUUUGGUUAUCAAGGACCAGGAAGUUCUUUCCCAUCCUUUCAGCAUCACGCUGUUCGACAACUACAUCUACUGGACCGACUGGAGAACGAACUCAGUGAUUCGUGCCAACAAGUGGAACGGAACCGAUGUGACCGUAAUUCAGCGAACCCAAAGCCAACCGUUUGGCAUUCAGAUUCUGCACUCUAGUCGACAACCCAACAACCGUUCCAAUAAUCCAUGCGCUGAAAACAAUGGAAACUGUUCCCAUCUAUGUCUUCUGAGUGUCAAUCAAACUUAUCAGUGUGCCUGCCCGCACGUUAUGCGACUGGACGAAAAUCGGAAACGGUGCAUUCCGAACGAGGAGAUUCUUCUGUUUGUCAUGUCCACCGAGAUACGGGGAGUCGACCUACAGCAACCCAAUCAUUACACCAUUCCAACGAUCAGUCAUCAGACUCAGGUUGUGCAGCCGGCUGUUCUGGAUUACGACAUAGCCGAGGCUCGGCUAUACUGGAAUGAUGUCCAGUUGAAUGAAAUUAAAUCCUCGGUCUUGGCAACGGGACCGAUCGAAACCAUCCUGGACACCGAUAUAUCACAUUCACUGGGUUUUGCUGUUGAUUGGAUUUCCAGGCUACUGUUCGUUUCCACCGGAACGGAACGAAGCAGUCGGAUAUUAGUUUGUAACAUGCAAGGCGAGUUCAUUACGGAAGUGCUUUCGGAUUUGGCGUUGGUCAACAGUAUGGUGGUGCACCCAUCCAAGGGUUUGCUGUAUUUUGCCACAUCCAAUGAGUCUCCCAAGCUGUACGAACUGUACUACAGUCGGAUGGAUGGUUCGGAAAAGCAUCUAAUUAGCAAUUCGACUUUUUACCCGAUGGAAAGUUUGGUACUAGAUUUCGAAACCGAACGGCUCUACUACGUCGCAUCGAAGGUUGGCGAAAUCUACUACUACAAUACGCUCAAUGGAAAGAUCAUCAAGGUGUCAGCAUCAGCCAGUGCCCUUCCGAUAAGCACCAUCACCGUGUAUCAAAACCACAUCUACUACGACGACAGUCUGUACAGCCGGAUCAUGCGGUGUGAUAAAAAUCUCUGUCAAAAUGGCGAAGUAGUUCGAAACAAUACCGGUGGAGUGAACGCAAUCCGUAUGUAUCAUCCGGGGGCCCAAAAUGGAACCAACUCGUGUCGCGACAGUAAAGGAGGCGGUUGUGAACAUCUGUGUGUGCCACUGUCGGCACAGACCCAUACUUGCGCAUGUGCCAUGGGCUAUCGGAAGGACAGCGCCGUUCCGACGAGGUGCAUGGCAAUAGAUAAUUUCCUGAUUUACUCGAUCGGACAUCAGCUGAAGGGACUUGCCAUUGGGGAAGCGGAAGAUCAGAACGAGAUAGUGAUUGGUCCGCUGCAGAAAAUAUCGCUUGCCACAGGCAUCGAUUACCACGCGAAAAGUGACUUCAUUUUCAUAGCUGACAGUGAUCGUGGUUCUAUCACGAAGAUCAAAAGGGAUGGCAGUCAAAGGACGGUGAUCGUCAGUAACUUCGAGCAGGUAGUUGAUGGGAACUCAAUCGAUUGGCUAGGAGGAAUCGCCAUAGACUGGGUAGCGGAUAAUAUCUACUGGACCGAUCAGAAACGGAACUUGAUCGAGGUGUCCAGACUGAACGGUAGCCUAAGGUAUGUGGUGGCAUCUAACCUGGAAAGUCCACGAUUGAUCGCCGUUGAUCCGGUUAGUGGUUUCAUUUUUUACUCCGGCAAAGGUAAUAUUGGACGAACGGGACUCGAUGGUACCGGGAAAUUUUUACUGGUGAACCAGAGUGCCAUGAUUAGCGACAUGACGUUGGACAUCGAAAAUCAAGUCGUCUAUUGGUGCGAAAUACAGACGGACACGAUCUGGAGAGUUGAUUAUGAUGGCAACAUGAAAACGAUCCUACUGAAUAACACACUAGACAACGUGAAGGCGUUGGAUCUGUUUGAGGACAACAUUUUCUGGUCGGAUGUUCGAGGUAAUAUCAAGGUGGCGAACGUGAGAAACAUCACCAACUACUGGUCGGUGAUUGAAUCCGAAGGAACAUCUCUGAAGGACAUCAAAAUUUUCUCUUCACGCAAACAACAGAAAACGAACGCCUGUGGAAUCAACAAUGGGGGCUGUCAGGAGCUGUGCCUGUUCAACGGAACGCAUCCGAUUUGUGCCUGUUCGCAUGGAAAGAUUUCCAAAACUGACCACAAAACGUGCGAGCCGUACGAAAACUUCCUGAUUUUUUCGCGAGUGUCAGCUAUUGACAGCAUUCACAUGACCGACCAGCAUAACAUCAACGGACCAAUACCGGAGAUUCAGAAUACGACGUACCUCAAAAAUACUAUCGCGUUGAGCUAUGACUACGAUCGCAGUUUGAUUUUCUACUCGGAUGUGGAGUUCAGUUCGAUCAAUUCCGUGCAUUUCAAUGGAUCGAAUCAUCGUCAAAUCGUGUCCAAACAGCUGACGGUAGAGGGCCUAGCCUUCAAUCCCAUCACUCGACUUCUUUUCUGGACAUCCAACAACGAAGCUUGUAUCCGGUCGUUGGAUCUAACGAACACUACCGCCGAUCCGAGAGAGAAUGCCGGAAUCGUACGAGAGCUGAUCAAGCUGAAACCGACCGACAAACCCCGAGGUAUUGCGGUGGAACCCUGCUUGGCGAUGAUCUACUGGACCAAUUGGAACACACUGGCAGCGUCGAUUCAACGUGCGUAUCCGAGCGGGUACGGACUGGAAAGCAUAAUCACCACCGAUAUUCGGAUGCCGAACGCCAUUACGUUGGACUACCGGGCCAAAAAAUUGUACUGGGCGGAUGCUCGCUACGACAAAAUCGAACGUGCCGAUUACGACGGUCGCAAUCGAGUGGUAUUGGCUCACUCGACCCCGAAGCAUCCGUUCGCUAUGGCAGUUUACGGAGAUUUACUGUUCUGGACCGAUUGGGUCCUCCAUGCCGUGAUUCGGGCGAACAAAUAUUCCGGCAGCGAUGUAGUGUGGCUUCGGAGGGACAUUGCACGACCGAUGGGAAUCGUGGCUGUUCAGGAAAUCGAUAAGGAUUGCAGUGCCGAUCCGUGUAAAAUUUUGAACGGCGGUUGCGAGGAUGUUUGCAUGGUUGAUGAAUCCUGGAAGAUCAAAUGUAGCUGUACUCAAGGUGUGCUGGCAGCGGACAAACGACGCUGUAUUCCGAACCGUGCUUCGAACUGCACUCUCGAUGAGUUCAGCUGUUCGAUUGGUGGUUGCAUACCGUACUAUUUGACGUGUGACUCGAUUGCUCACUGUCUGGACGGUUCGGAUGAGAUGCAGAACUAUUGUGCCGAACGGGAAUGUAGAGCGGGUUACUUUCAAUGUAGUAAUCAUCGGUGCAUUUCGCAAUCGCUACGAUGUGACAACAUUCAGGACUGCGGUGACGGUAGCGACGAAGAACGGUGUGAUUGUGAUCCGGCGACGCACUUCAAGUGUACUUCGGGUCAGUGCAUUUCCAAACAGAUGCGCUGUGAUAAUGAUCCAGAUUGUGCGGAUAUUUCGGACGAAAUGGGAUGUCCUAAGGUUCGCAACUGCAGCGCUAUGCAUUCCGGUGAGUUUCUGCAGUGUCCCAACACAACCGCGUGCUACAUGCGUUCAUGGCUUUGCGACGGCGAAAAUGAUUGCUGGGAUAAUAGCGACGAAACGAACUGCAGUACGUCGGCUGCACCGACCUGUCCGAUGGAUAAGUUCCUGUGUGCCAAUGGGCACUGCAUUCCACAGAACUGGCGCUGUGACAGUGAAGAUGACUGUCUGGAUGGAACGAUCACGAGUUUGAGCUCCGAUGAAAUCAACUGCACCCGGCACUGCAAGCCGAAUCAGUUCCAAUGUUUGAACAGUACCGAGUGCAUUCCGAACAGCUGGCAGUGUGACAACAAUCCCGACUGUGCCGAUGGAUCGGACGAAGGAGCACACUGUGCACAGCGAAUAUGUCCGGACUGGGAGUUCCAGUGUCCAGCCAGCGGACGAUGCAUUCCGAAGAAGUGGGUUUGUGAUGGGGAAGUGGAUUGCAUAGCGGACAACGAAGAUGAAAAAAACUGUGACUACAUGGAGCAAAGCUGUGACCAGAACUCGUACACGUGCAACAGUGGAGAGUGCAUCAGCCGACAGUUUGUGUGUGACGGCGAUGUCGACUGUGUGGAUGCGUCCGAUGAGUCGAUCCAUUGUGGAGCGGGCUUCGAUGAAAGCGAACCACCCUGUAAGGAUGACGAGUUCCAGUGCAAGGAUAAGACGUGUAUUUCGAAAAAUCUUACCUGCAAUGUUAACAAUGAUUGCGAGGAUGGUUCGGAUGAGGACAUACAGCUAUGUAAAAAUACUACUCUGAUAUGUGCCGGGCCGGAGCUAUUCCGAUGCGAGACUGGAGCCUGCAUCGUGAGUGGAUUGCUGUGUGAUGGAGCUAAUGAUUGUGGCGACUGGAGUGACGAGAAGUCGUGCAACAUCAACGAGUGCGAACAGAUGCCGGAUCUUUGUGCUCACAAUUGCGAGGAUCGUGAGGUUGGCUAUGAGUGUACCUGUCGUGCCGGAUUUAAAGUAAACGUCAACAACAAACACCUAUGCGAUAGUAUUGACGAAUGUAUCGAUCGGCCCUGCAGCCAAAUCUGCACAAAUGUGUACGGUUCCUUUCACUGUUCCUGCGAGCACGGUUAUUUAAUGCGAGCUGAUGGAACCUGCAAAGCGGACACCCUCGAACCUGCCAAGCUGAUCUUCUCGAAUCGAUACUACGUCAGGGAAGUGGAUCUGAAUGGUUCGAUGUCGAUUCUGGCACAUAACCUCUCGAAUGCGGUCGCUCUGGACUUCGACUGGGAAACCAAGUGUUACUAUUGGUCGGAUGUGACCUCCGUCGUCAGUUCGAUCAAACGCAUGUGUCUCAGUUCCAACAAAACCGAAGUCCUCCACAAAUCUACACUGAAAAAUCCCGAUGGACUGGCGAUCGACUGGGUAGCUAGAAAUCUCUACUGGUGCGACAAAGGACUGGAUACAAUCGAAAUAUCCAAACUAGAUGGCCGUUACCGCAAGGUUCUGAUCAACACCAACCUCCAGGAACCGCGGGCAAUCGUUCUGGAUCCCUUCCGGAAGCACAUGUACUGGACGGAUUGGGGAGAUCAGCCGUACAUCGGAAAGGCCGGCAUGGAUGGGGCCAACCAAACAAUGCUUAUCAGCAACACUCUCGGGUGGCCCAAUGCUCUAACCAUAAGCUUCGAAACCAACGAACUCUUCUGGGGAGAUGCCCGGGAGGACUUCAUAGCCGUCAGUGAUCUGGAGGGCCAUAAUCGCAAAGUAAUUCUGUACAGAGAUACUCACUCGUCGACGAAUCUUCACCAUAUUUUUGCCAUCGCCGUGUGGGAAGAUCGCAUCUACUGGACCGAUUGGGAAACGAAAUCCAUCGAAUAUUGUCACAAGUACAGAGGCGACAAUUGUGGAACGGUCAUACGAACAAUCCAUCGACCGAUGGACCUACGGGUGUAUCAUCCGUACCGUCAAAACAAACCGUCGGAAGAUCCGUGUUUGCUAGCAGGAUGCUCCACACUGUGCCUUCUUUCACCCGAACCACCCGGGUAUAGGUGUGCCUGUCCCGAUAAUUUCGUCGUGGGUGUAGACAACAAAACAUGCAUUGCCAACUGUUCGUCAACGCAGUUCCUGUGUAAGACCACAUUCAAGUGUAUCCCGUACUACUGGAAAUGUGACAAACAGGACGACUGCGGUGACAACAGUGACGAGCCGGACGAUUGUCCCGAGUUCAGCUGCGAAUCGGGUCAAUUCCAGUGCGACAAUAACAAGUGCAUCAGCCCAAGCUCGAUCUGUGACGGGGAGAAUCAGUGUGGCGAUGAGUCGGACGAAAAGGACUGCGAUGAUUACGAGUGCUUCAGUUCGCAGUUCAAGUGCAGUCGAUCGAAGGAAAAGAAUGCUUUCUGUUUGGAUGGACAUCGUAGGUGCGACGGAAAUCGUGACUGUCCCAAUGGGGAAGAUGAAAUGGACUGCGAGAAGACCAGCUGUGCUGACCAUCAGUUCAAAUGCGAAUCCGGAAAGUGUAUCACCAAAGUGUGGGCCUGUGAUGGCGACAUUGACUGUACGGACGGAUCGGAUGAACUGGAUUGUUCUCUCAGUACGUGCCGAGAGAAUGAGUUCAGGUGCAACAAAGGCCGCUGCAUUCCGAUGUCUUGGCGUUGCGACGGCGAGGAAGACUGUACCGACGGUGAAGAUGAAAAGGAGAACUGCAAACCACCGGAGGUGAUCACCUGUGAGUCUUCGUACUUCCGCUGUAGUAACUCCAAGUGUAUUCCCGGUCGGUGGCGGUGUGACUACGAGAAUGAUUGCGGUGACAAUUCCGAUGAAGUCAACUGUCAGAUGAGAAACUGUUCCGAAUCAGAGUUUCGCUGUCGGGACGGGCACUGCAUUCGAGGUAUUCGAAAGUGCGACGGAGAGUUCAAUUGUGCCGACCACAGUGACGAGGAGGACUGUGAUGUCAGCUGCAAAGCGGACGAAUUCAAGUGCAAGGGUCAUAACAUCUGUAUAAGCACGAACUUCCUCUGCGACGGCGAUAACGACUGCAUCGACGGUUCCGACGAGGAGCAGUGUCAGUGUCAGGACGACGAGUACCGGUGCGGCAAUGGAAAGUGCAUUCUGCGGAACUGGGUGUGCGACGGGAUCGAUGACUGUUUGGACCAGUCGGACGAGAAGAGCGAAUACUGCCAGGAGCAUGGAUGCCACAAACGUGCCUUCAAAUGUAGCAAUAGAAACUGUAUACGAAAGGGGCUGGUGUGCGACAAUAAGGACGAUUGCGGUGACAACAGUGACGAGAAGAUGGCUCUGUGCCACAAAUGUCCGCCGAAUUCGUUCCGCUGCAAUAGCGAUUCGAAAUGUAUUGCAAACGAUUUGAGAUGCGAUGGGAAGCCGAACUGUUUGGACGAAUCGGAUGAGCUGGGCUGUCGUCGAGCGGUGUGCGGAUUUGGGACCUGCAGUCAAAUUUGCGUUGAGAAGAAGGGCCACUACAAUUGCCGCUGUGCCCCCGGGUAUCAGAAGGGUGUGCUGCGAAACGAUACCUGCGUUGCGGUAGAAGAGAAUGGUCUCCUGUUGGUUUCAUCGGAGUCGGAUUUCCGUAGUAUGUACUACGGAACUACGGUGAUGGGAUUCUUACAGACAAAUUCGAAAAAGAUUGAUCGAUUCGAUUAUUCGAUUACGAAGCAAAACAUCACACUGUUUUGGGUGGACAGCCACGACAAGAGCAUCCAGAAGGUUCACAUGGAUACGACGGUGAAGGUCGUGGAAACGGAGGAUUCCUCGCACACGGCAUACCGGAGAGCUGCUCGAUCGUACGAUCAGAUCAAAACAUUGGACGGAAAGCACUCGACCGUAAUUCUAAGCAACCAGAACAUCAUUCCGUUGGCGAUCGCCUGCGAUUGGCUUACCGAGCAUAUCUACGUGAUCAAUAAGAAGCAGAGCAAUAUUUUCGUAAUGACAUUCAAUGGAACGAACCAUACGACACUGACAGCCACGGGGAAACAUCCGAUCGACAUCGUCGUAGACCCGGUGAGCCGAGUGAUGGUUUGGUCGAUUAUGGAAGCGAUCAUUCUGUCCGGAAUGGAUGGUUACCAGAAGCAGAAGCUGGUUCAGGCAAACAUUGAGUGGGCUUCCGGACUGGCCAUCGAUCAGACCACAAAUCGGUUGUAUUGGGCGGAUUAUCGGAAAAGUACGAUUGAAACCUGUAUCUUGCUGACGGGUGGUGAUCGGCACGUAAUCAGCGUGAUGCACGACUAUUCCAAACCGAAACUGUUGGACGUAUUCGAGGAUAGCGUGUAUGUGAUACUGUACAAUCAGAACAUUCUUAAGUUGAACAAAUUCGGACGUGAUAACGGCACCGAGGUAUUCCAGGGGACUCGAGGUUACCGAUCGUCAGAUUUGAACUACAUCCAUCCACUGAAGCACAACCGGAAAGCAGUGAAUCCAUGUGUUCUACAUCCUUGUGACGAGACGACGGUUUGUUUGUUGUCUACUGAGAACCCCAAGGGACGCCGUUGUCUGUGUGCAGAUAGCAGAAUAAACCCGCAGCAAGACAGUACCGGUGAGGUAGUGAAGUGUCAGGAUGAAGCCACUGUUGGCUGUAAACUGCCGUGUAACUUUGGAGUUUGUGUGGUGGAAAACGGACAACGGAAGUGUCACUGUCCUCCGUUGUACGAUGGCAAGUACUGCGAGCACUACAUCUGUUCCGGGUACUGCAUGAACCGGGGUGCCUGUUACACCGUAAACGGUAUGAGGAAAUGCACAUGCCUGCCCCAGUGGACCGGUGAUCGGUGCGAACUUUCCACCGGCGAAUGUCUGAAGUACUGCCAUAACGGAGGAAACUGUUCGAUCGCCAAUGACGGCGCAAUGUCCUGUAACUGUCCGAAGGAUUAUGAAGGCAAACAGUGCCAGCAUUGUUCGAACUUGAAGUGCGACAAUGGUGGAGUUUGUCGUAAAACGGCCACCGACAAAAGUCAGUGCGAGUGCCCGGAUGGAUUCAGCGGGAGAAGCUGCGAGAUCGAUACCUGUAUGAACUACUGCGAGAACGACGGAGAAUGUACAAUCGAGCGGGGGGCUCCAAAGUGUAGCUGCCCGGAAGGUUCGUCGGGAGAACGGUGUGAAAACCAAGGUUGUAAGGAACUUUGUCGAAACGGUGGCGUCUGUAUCACGGGUCCCAAUCCAUACUGCAGCUGUCGGCACGGUUACGAUGGGCAGUACUGUGAAAUAGAUCUGUGCGACGGUAGCGAAAAUCAACCGAGCUAUUGUCCACCCCAGCGUCCAUCGCCGAGUCCGGUGCCGAACUCCUGCAAUGAAUUUGUUUGCAGCAACACGGGACACUGUCUGGAAGUGCGCGGAAAGCCGAUCUGCAAUUGCACCAAUCAGUACGCUGGCAAACACUGCGAGCUCUAUGUGAGCUACAACAAUCCCUGUAUCAACUAUUGCAAAAAUGGUGGUAUCUGCCAACUGGAUAUUUACUCCAUUUCCAACGUCACCUACGUCCCAUCAUGCGUGUGCGUGGGAGAGUGGAAUGGUGAGCAGUGUGCGCGGCCACCAAACUGCAUCGAUGACUGCGGUACUUGCGUGGCCGACAGCUCCAUCAAUGAGUGCAUGUGUGAGGAUAAUUCACUCAGUAUUUGCCUGAAGGAGGUGGCCCUGGCAGAGCUGGAGAGCCGCGAACGGGCCGGCUACACGUUGUCGGCUCUGGCGAUUGUGUUAUUUGUGAUACUCGUAGCGGUAGCCGGCUUCGGAGGAGCUCUCUACGGACUGAGGAAACGAAGAGGAGGACAACCGUUUUCACAUGCUCGACUUACGGAUAACGUGGAGAUUACUAACCCGAUGUACCUCGGUGAUGUGGAAGAGGUGCCGUCGUUUGUGCAUGAAGAUGAUAAGGCUCACUUUGCCAAUCCCGUGUACGACUCGAUGUACGCCGGAGGUAUCAACGUACACGCCGAUUCGUCCUCGAUACCGGGUAACAGCACUCAUCCGCUGCUCAACGCAUCCGGUUCGGCACCAGAGGAGAAGAAGGGCCUGCUGCAGCACACUCAGGACGACUCAAGCGCGCAGGAUUUGUUAUGAUGUCGGUUGAAAAAAUAGUAGCUCGUGCGAUUCUAGAGGCCCUCCCGUUUCGGAUAGCAUCUAGAACACACGCACGCGCUAGUUCUCCAGUUAUUGUCCGGGAGUGUGGUUGAUCCGUUGCUCGUCAGACCGUCGAAUUCCGGCUACUAGAUAGCAAGUAGCCCUUGCCCGUAUCAGUCACAUUCGCGCAACAGUGGAGUUGUAGAUAAUCAAAUGCAAGGUUAUAAUAUACUCAUGUUUUGUACCAUUUGUUUAGUUUCAAGUUAUAGAUCUCUCGAAUUACUCCAGGCAGCGAGUUUUUAGAUUUUAUGGCUCUUCCGCCAGUAGGCUGAGGCCAACAGAUUAGUUUCUAUGUGGCAAACAUUUUGUCUGUGUUUGAACUGUGGAUAGAUGGGUAGCUUUUAGUAAACAGAGAAAACGGAAUAAAAUCAUAGCUAGCCUUGAUUUUUGCAUUCACACGUAAAAGUAGUUAGCCAAGCAACGCAAAACGGCAUGAAACGACGAAAUGAGAUGUGAACCGACUUAAAAAGAAAACUUCCAAAGUUUGGUUCACACAAGUGACAUAUAUUUGAGCUUUAAUAACUUUAUUUAAAAUAAUGAAUGAUCAACUGUAAACCAUGUAAGAAACAUAGACUAUCAGUACAAUAAAUUAAUUAAAUCCAGCAGUUAAACAAAUUUUAUACGUUGAUAGCAAAUGCCAUUUAAUGCCACAAUCUAUUUUAUUAUUGCAUGAUAGCGAGCACAUUUUUCAAAGAAAAAAUACGAUAAUAAUAAAAAACGUAACCAUAAUGCGGAAAAAAUAUCCAUCCAACUUUUGAUAAUAAAGUCUUGAGCGUUUUUCGAAAACAGAAUCCUAUGCUUGUUUGAAAGUUGAGCAGAGAUAAAACGAAACUAGAACAAAAAAAUAAAACAUAAAUUGAUUGUGAUUGUUCAACGAGACACGUUGAAGCUAUAUAAAUAUAUAUUACUGUAGUAAUCGUUACGAAGUAUGAAAAUAGUUGUAGGUUGCAUUGAUCCAAGCCGGAUCAGGGGUUCGCCCGAUUGGGAUUACGGCGAAGCGUUGUAUGUAUGUAUCCUUCAUCGAGCCAACCGCUUUAGCCCGACAGAAACGAUUUCACUGUACACUGAUAUGCCAUAAAGGAAGUUGAUGCAGCUCGUUAUAGAAUAAAUGCAAUCUGUUUUCAAGAAGAAGAAGAAAAGAAAAAAUAAUAAAAUAAAAAUUGCCGUUAGAAUAAUCGAUCAUAGUCAACAUUGUAACAUAUUACCUAUAGGCAAAAAAACUGAUUUCGGUUCGUGUGAACCAACGAGGUACUAGCGGUAAAACGAAAUGAAACAAUUUUUGUACUGCUAUAAGGGAUGAUGUAAAAUUAAUUUUGUCACAUGCAAAUGUUUUCGAAUAAAGACUGUAAUUUUUCAAAAUA